AUGGCCACCGCGUCGACCUCGACCUCGACUGCGAACCCGAACCCGGACGAGCUCGACCCCGCCACGCUCUUCAACUUUGCCUCGCUGCAGCUCCACGUACCCCGCCAUGCUGCAUCGCCCGACGGAUCAUCGUCGUCGCCCCCACCGGCGACCUCGGCCAGUUCGAUCGCUCCGCUGGGGCCGGAGGAGAGGAAGAGCGUGGACGAGUGGGUGAGCCAGGUUGCCGAGGGUGAGGAGAGGAAAUGCGCGUAUCUGGGUGAGUUGGUGGGGCGUGUAGAGUGGGCUGAUCGCCGAGGGGAAGCUGGCUGGUACGGUACGGUACGGUACGGGCAGGCGCAGUCGGCCGUCGGCGGUCGAGGGAAGAAGCGCUCCGGCUCGGAGCGGGUGGUUUGUCCCUGCUGGAGCUGAUACCCGUGUUCACUCGUCAGAUGAAUCGCUUCCCUUUUACCUCGUCAUCAAACUGCCUCGUCAACCGGUCUUGGACAGAGCUCAAGCAGCGGCCUUCUUCCUCCCUUGCACCUCCACCUCGAGCCCCUCCGGCCAUCUUACUUUGGCCCCUCAUCUCCUCCUCACCGCCGACGCCUCUUUCGUAGAAGGCUGCGAUCCACCUACUACUACGAACGCUUCUUCCACCUCGAGAACUCAACCAAGGCCUUCCCUCCGGCCCGAAACAACGGUCCAAGAUCCCAAAGACGACGAGGACGACGAUCCUCACCGACCCCACUUGCACCCAUCCGCUUCCCCUGCCAACUCGACCUCCAUAGGUCUCGGCAUCGGACAAAGUCCAACCACCUCGAUCCCUUCGCUCCAAACGGCCAGUCUCUCCAUGCUGGGAGGGCCCAAAGUUCCCCUGACACCGAGUCCGUUGCCGACCAAGAGGGAGAAGGAUUUGGGCUACGUCAAAGAGGUCGAGAGCGUGCCGCUUUGGAGCUGCACGUUCGAUACGGGCGGCGAUCAGAGUGAGCACGAGCGGGAACGAUUCGGGGUCAGGGAGGCCAAGGGGAAGAGGAAGCAGUCCGGUGGCAGGGUUUGGGUGGGCAGACUGGGUGGAGAGCAAGGGGACGGACCGUGGAUGGGGGUUUGGGAGUUUAGGGGCGACGUCGGUCAGUUCUCCCGGAAACUCAAUUGCGACUUUACUCGGAACUGACCAUACUUCAUGCUUUGUGCAGCCUACGUACGAUCACGCCUCGUCGCACCGAGGCUAUGUCUGACCCUCAACGUCGCCUUCAGGGAUGAUCCCGGCUUGGGGGAGAUGAUGAGGAAAUUGGGGCGGCAAGGCGCAGCUGCAGGUGGUGUUGAACACCUCGAUGGAGAGGAGACGUACGACCCGGAUGAAUAUCUCGUCGAGAGCUUUGAAGGUGCGCGGAGCUUGGGUCCGGACCAGCAAUGA